AUGACCACUUGAUGGCAGUAUUUUGAGUUGGGUUUCUUUUGUUAUAUAUGAUCGAAGAAGAAAAUCGUCGCUCUUGUCGUUUUCACGUGUUUCUUAAUUAGUGUGGUCGUUAGCGAUUAGGAAUAAAAAUACAUAUACAAUGACGCAGUUGGAUUCUGUAAUAAAACCGAAGACAAAGCGCUCAAAACGCUUCUUGGAGAGCAGAGCACCCAAAUUGACUGAAGAUGUGAAGAGUGCCAUGAUUAUGAAAGGAGGGAACACAAGUCAGACCAUCACGCAGGCCCUGAAGGACAUAUAUUCCCUGAAGAAACCCAAUGCUGUGCUGUACAAAAAAAAGAACAUCACUCGGCCAUUUGAGGACUCAACAUCACUGGAGUUCUUUUCCAAGAAGACAGACUGCUCCCUGUUCCUGUUCGGCUCCCACAAUAAGAAACGGCCCAACAACUUCAUAUUUGGUCGUCUAUUUGACUUCCAUGUACUUGAUAUGAUUGAACUUGGAAUUGAGAAGUACGUCUCCCUGAGUGAAAUUAAGGUAACGGUUUCAGUCAUGCUGUGUCUGGCUAGGGAGUCAUUUUGACUCAUGGUCACAGUCAUUUCAUCAACUUGUUAUUUUCCUCAUAAUUUAAACUAGAGACCAAAACCUACCUCUGCGUGUAAAGUUAAACCAUACAGCUAUCACACAUACAUAAAGACGCGGGUGAUACGUAAAACCUUAGAGGUUCUACUUUCUUUCUAUCAUAAUUGUACAUUCACCAAACCAAUGAGGAGCCUUGAGUUCAAACACUCUGAAACAACAU